AUGGAGGAGCACUUGAAAAACCUGCACGCGGGAGUGCAAUCCCUACUGGCCAUUGUACGCACUCGCUACUGGCCCAUAUCUGGAAAGAACACCUUGAAAAAAAUUCUGCACAAAUGCAUUGUCUGUUGUCGGGCUCGCGCAGCUCCCGUCAGGCAGUUAAUGGGAAAUCUACCCGCUUCGCGUGUUUCACCUUCACCCCCCUUUUACAAAACUGGAAUAGAUUUGGCGGGGCCAUUUAAUAUAAAAAUCAGUCGUAACAAGACGGGUAAGGCCUAUUUAUGCGUCUUUGUGUGUUUCGCCACUAAGGCUCUUCAUUUAGAAAUCGUCACAGAUUUAAGUACAGCUGCAUUUUUAAACGCGUUGAAACGAUUCAUAGCGAGGCGCGACAAAUGUUACAGCUUGUAUUCCGAUAACGGAAUGAACUUUGUAGGAGCCAAUAACGCUUUAAAGGACAUGUAUCAAUUAGUAAAUGCAAGUGAUGUAAAAAUUCGCGACUACUUAGCAGAACAAUCCAUAAAAUGGAACUUUAUCCCCCCGCAAUCGCCUCACAUGGGAGGUUUGUGGGAAUCGGCGGUCAAGGCCUGUAAAAAUCAUUUAACUAAAGUCGUUGGUUCUACUUCACUAACCUUUAAGGAACUAACUACCGUUACAGCACAAGUUGAGGCAAUAUUAAAUUCCAGACCUUUAACGCCUCUAUCAGCGGAUCCUAGCGAUCUUAAUGCCCUAACCCCAGGCCACUUUCUGAUAGGUCGUCCACUUGUUUCUAUUAGUGAGAUUAAUCUCACAGAUGUCAAUGUAAAUCGUCUAAAUCGGUAUCAACUCUUAGAGCAAAUUAAGCAGAAUUUUUGGAAGAGAUGGUCGCUUGAAUAUUUAACUCAGCUGCAACAGAGGAACAAGUGGAAGAAGGUUCACGACACGAUAAAGGAGGGUACCAUAGUAGUUUUGCGAGAGCUAAACAUUCCUCCCAUGAAUUGGCGAUUGGGAAGGGUAGUAAAGAUACAUCAGGGCAAGGACGGUCUCAUUAGGGUCGUCGAUGUGAAAACAAGUACGGGCAUAUACCAAAAACCUUUGACUAAGAUUUGCAUGUUACCAAUAGAAGUUUAA